AUGGCCGGAGAUGAGAAUCAAGUUGAGAUUGAUGCUCGAAAGGGUAUUAUCCGACUGCUUAAACAAUUCGAUAGGGAAACGAGUGAAAUGCAUCGAUUCUCAGUCGUUGCAUACGAUCACGGUCAUCCACCGAAACUCACUUUCGUGAAUGUUUCGGUGAUUGUUGAGGAUGUUAACGACAAUGCACCCAGAUGUGCUGAACAAAUCCAAAAAGUGCAGAUUCCGGAAGACUAUCCAAAUGGUGCCCUUGUCACGUGUAUUGCUGCAUUUGAUGCAGACAUCGGUGAGAACGCUCGUAUUACGUACGGUUUCGAUACAAUAUUCGACAAAUCCUCAUCGCAGUUGCCAUUUCGAAUUCAGCCUGACACUGGCUGUAUUUUUAUCGAUUCCACAGUUCCUCUCGAUUUCGAAACAAGACCACUGUACAAUAUUACUGUUGAGGUAAGGUUGAAUUUUCUUCGUAAUCAAAGCUGA